CUUCGUUUCUGCUAGCCAGCGCCAGCUGUCUGCUCGGUGAAAUAAACAUGACGAUGUUAUUGACUACUUUUUCCUUUGUGCAACAGCCCUAAAUGCACAGCUCAUCAAAGAAUAUAUAACCUUGGAUAUUGUGUAUAACUGUAUUUGUGACGAAAUACUGGUGUACUGACACAAAAUUCACAACCUGGGAAGUGAAUCGUAGCUACUGAAAUGCCUCUGCUGUUUUUGGAGAGGUUUCCAUGGCCCAGCCUGCAGACAUACACAGCACUGAGUGUGGCUUUGCUUGCUGGCAGCAUCUUCAGUGCCUACACUACUGUUACUGACCCAGGGUUUGGGGCCUUGGAAUCUGAUGAUAUACCAGCUCCCUCAGAGGCCGAUCUUGAACAUCUAAGCAAUGCUAUUAGUAACUCUGAAUUGGCAACAACUGUCCUGUGGUAUCUUGUCACUGACAGUCUCUUUGUGUGGGUUUUAGUCAACACAUUCUGCUGUUCCUUGAUGUUAAUUGCUAAAAUGAUCCAGUAUGUGGUGUUUGGGCCACUUAGAGUCAGUGAGAAGCAGCACCUCAAGGAUAAAUUCUGGAACUUCAUCUUUUACAAGUUCAUUUUCAUUUUUGGAGUAUUGAACGUGCAGACAGUGGAGGAGGUGGUCAUGUGGUGUUUGUGGUUCUCAGCCCUGGUCUUUCUCCACCUUAUGGUUCAGCUCUGCAAAGACCGUUUUGAAUAUCUGUCUUUCUCCCCCUCGACUCCUAUGAACAGCCAUAUGAGAGUGCUUUGUCUGCUGGUCUCCCUGCUCCUGGACUGCUGUGGUCUGGCUGUGGUGUGCGGUCUGUUAGGAGCAUCCCAUGGCAUGCACACCCUCUCUUUCAUGGCAGCAGAGUGUUUGUUGGUGACUGUACGUACUGGGCAUGUCAUUAUGAGGUACUCCAUCCAUCUGUGGGAUUUGAAUCAUCCAGGAACUUGGGAGAGUAAGGGCACGUAUGUUUACUAUACGGACUUCAUAAUGGAGCUGGCUAUGCUCUUUCUUGACCUCAUGCACCAUAUCCAUAUGCUGCUUUUUGGUAACAUCUGGCUGUCCAUGGCAAGCUUGGUUAUUUUCAUGCAGCUACGAUACCUUUUCCAUGAAGUUCAGCGCCGCAUUCGCAGACACAAGAACUACCUUCGCGUCAUCAACAACAUGGAGGCCAGAUUUGCUGUUGCUACUGCAGAGGAGCUGGCAGCCAAUGAUGAUGAUUGUGCCAUCUGCUGGGAUGCUAUGCUGACAGCACGCAAAUUACCCUGUGGUCAUCUCUUCCACAACUCUUGUUUGCGAUCAUGGCUCGAACAGGACACGUCCUGUCCGACAUGUCGAACCUCCCUGAACAUUAAUGGGGACGGGGGCCAAGUGAGAAACCAGCAGCAGGGAGGAGGUUUGGAAGACAAUAUUGGUCCAGUUGGAGCUGCUCCAGAAGCAAGGCCACACAUCAACCAACAUAACCACUUCUUCCACUUUGAUGGAUCUCGCAUUGCCAGCUGGCUGCCCAGUUUCUCAGUGGAGGUAAUGCAUACUACUAAUAUUUUGGGCAUCGCUCAGGCCAACAAUUCCCAGCUUAUGGCCAUGUCCCAUCAGAUUCAGGAGAUGUUUCCUCAGGUACCCUCCUAUCUGGUCAUGCAGGACCUGCAACUGACCCGCUCUGUGGAGGUCACCACAGACAACAUUCUGGAGGGACGCAUCCAGGUGCCUUUCCCCACACAGGCCAUAGAGCGUGCCCCUAUACAGGUGAGCCCUGCACCAGACGAGCAGGCAGGUCCCAGUGGAACAGCUGAACAGAACCUCAGCGAGUCGGAUAACUUGGAGGUCAGAGGUGGUCGUUUCUCUAAAUCAGCGGAGGAGAGACAGAAGAUGCUAAAGCAGAGAAAAGAAGAGUUGCUUCAGCAAGCACGCAGAAAAUAUCUAAUCAAGAGUUCAGAGGAUCAGGAGGAAGAUUUGCCCAGACUGGAGGGGGAAUCUGUCCCAGAACUGGACUCCACUGUGGUGAGACGUAGAACCAUGGCAGCGGCCGCAGAAAGACGCAUGCAAAACCAACAAGAUCCUGCACCCUGAUUUACAGGUCGGUUUUAGCAGGAGAGUGUAUCACCUUAUCAUCACAAGAGGCAACGACGGAGCUACUUCAACCUUCCCCCAUUCGGCGUAGUUAAUGGUCAUCACCUCCUCAAAACCAUAAUUAAAAAGCAUUGCAGACAUGGCCUUUAGACUGUUUUUGGGCUGCCUAAAGAAAGGUGAGACUAUUGAAAGUAGCCUCAGCAUCACUGAUUCCACUCUGAGUAUAUGGAGCUUUAUAUAAAGUGAUGGUUACAACUUAAGACAUGCAAGAUUGCAUUGUCUUUUGUUCAUGUGCCACACAUUACAAGCACCAGCCUACCAGUAUGUGUCAUGAUUCAGACUUGCUGUCAAAAAUGUGCAUGCUUUGCAUUCAGAAGACAAAUACAAGAGCAUAUUUUAUGAGAAAGGCUUGCAAAGUUUUCAUCUAGAGAUGAGAACUUUGCAAGGCUUUCACCUCUAGAUGAAGCUAUUACAUUAGUUUUUCUUUUCUUUUGAAUAGAUGUUUGGUCACUUGCUUUGAUCAUGAUAUAAAGCUUCAUAUUCUUGAUGAAGAAACUCAUUUGAUUGAUCUGUGUGUUAUUUUAUGAGUUUCCACUGUGAAUGAAGUAGCAACAUGUUUUCGUUUCUUACCUCAGAGUAAGAGAAUGUCACUUUAGUAUUGGUCAGCCUUUCUGUCAACUAUGAAUGUUUUUAUGAAAAUAAUGCUGCAAACAAAGUGUUUUCGACCCGCAUGGGCUGUUCUGUAUUUAGUGUGUAAUAUCACCCAUUGCAAACAGUUUGUGUUUUAUUUAAAAACGGGGAAGUUGAUUUGUAAAUUUUUGUUUUCCAAUAGUGGUGCCCUGAGAGACUCGUAUAACAAAUGGCGAUGGAUUACAUUGUGUACAUUGGGUGUUAUCCUUAACAUAUUUUCAAAAUGACCCUUUGUUGAUAGGUUGUUGAUUUUUUUUUUUUUUUUCUUUGGGGUCUUGGUCAUUUUAAUACAGUUUGUAGAAUAAUUAAGUAUGUGGCAGUUGGAUUUGCUGUAUCUACUUUAAGUAUGUCUUACUACCCAUACAAAAGUCUACAUUUGUUUUAUAGGUGAAGCUCUUCUUCCACUGGAAAUGCUGAAGACUUGCUUCUGAAUCAAAACAAUUUCAAGACCUUAUAGCAAAUCCAGUUGGCUUUGACUGUGCUCCUUUGUAUUCUACAACCUGAAUGACUGAAAACCUAUACACAGAAUUUUUUAGAGUAUUUGUGCAGCCUUUGUCUAUGUACUAAUUGAUGAAGGAAAAAAACAAAAGCAGCAGCAGGGAAUGUCAUCACCCUCUGCUCAGACGUUAUUAUAGCCACAUACAUUACUAGACAGCAUGACAUGGCCUUUUGAAACUUUAUAGGGGAACUCAGAUUUGAUUUAACACCAACUUUUAGCUGACUGAAACAUAUCAGUGAAUGCAAGUUAAGGCUGUAUUACGAUGGUUUGAUUUCUGCCAUUUAAGUGCAAAAAGGCAGUUUCUGUGAAAAAUGCAUGAAUUGUAGAUAAAUGAUUUUUUUUUCCUUCUACUCAAUCCCAAAGACAAGCCCAUAAAUUUCCACUAAAAGUUGAAGUGUGAUUUAUUUUAUUAUUUUAUGGCUUUCUAGGUUUGGAGCUGCAGUAAGAAGAUAAAGGUUUAGGUUUUCAGUUUCAUUUUUUCAAAAAAUGUAUAAAAGAUUAUAAAUAGUUGUUUUCACUUUUUAAUUAAUUUUCCUAGCAAUGUUAAAAUCCAUUAUAUAUUUUCCUAGUCAUGGGUUACCUCUCACAACCAUAAUUUUAUUGAAGCUGUUUUUCUUUUCCUUUUUUUCUAUUUUUUUUCUUUUUUUACUGAACGUUCCUGUAUUUUGUGCCUAAAUCAAGAAUGGUUCAGUUAACGAUAAUUUCUGUAAAUCUAGUUUUUGUAAAAUAUGUUAAUACAAUAAACUUAAUAAACAGAGCUUCUACAGCUUUUUAACAAACA